CCGGUUCCUUGCUUGGCACUUUUUUUUUUGGUCUCUUGCAAAGCGGCUUCUCUGUUGUCGCUGCCGUUGCAGAGAGGAGGGAAAGAGCCAAGGAGGCAUCGGACUUGGAAUACCCCUUUGGAGAGAGGCUCGGAUUGCGAAUAGGAGUCCUGGCUGCGGGCUGGAUCUUCGGAUCCAUUGGUGCGUCUGACCUUCUCUCGCAGCAGAUCGUCUUCUUUUUGAAGCCUCCACCCCCUUCCCUCCCUCCCUCCCUCCGAUCCAGGGAUCCAUAUGAGAGGAUUGGCUUUUCACCACCGGACCCUGGGUCGGAGAGGGGAACCUCUUCCCAGCAGAGUUUACCCCCCUGCCCCGAUGAGUGGGCUUCCCCAGCGCUAGGAGGAGCGGCGGGAGGGGAACUUCAGCCGGAACAGCCGGGUUGGAGCCACCAGCUCAGCCACACAGACUGCUGCAAACUUUUUUUCCAAAAAAAAAAUUAAAAAUUAAAACCUGCACCCAGAAGCUUCCCGUUCCAGCAUGUCCCAAAGGGAAGCGCCGGCAAAGGCCUUUUUCUGCUGAGACGUGACCCCCGCCUCCCCGAAGGUGACACAGGUUGCGAGGAGAAGGAGCCCCCCCUGCGCCCGGAGGAGUGAUGCUCAUUCGAGAAGUCUUGCUGUUCCUCCACUGCUUCUGGCCUUCUUCUUUGCUGCUGCACUGGACCCUCCAUCCCAUCUGGGGCUUCAUUCAGAUUACUCAGGGUGAACCUCAGAAAUCAUGUUUCAAGCCUGUAGCAGAGAAAGUUACAGACAGUUGCCAACAGAUCUGCCAAUGUAGACCACCUCCAUUACCACCCCCACCACCUCCUCCGCCGCCGCCAAGGUUGCUUGGAGGCCCACCACCUACCACACCACCCACUUGUCCCCCUCCAGAGACCUGGUGGCCAAGCCCAGUGCUAAUUAUUGCAGCAUGCUGCACCACACCAGUGUUCCUCUUUCUAGUUUUCAUCAUUUGCUACAAAGCCAUAAAAAGGAAACCACUGAGAAAAGAAGAGAAUGGAACGAGUCGAGCUGAAUAUGCAAUGACCGCCUCCCAAAAUAACAAGACAGUUGACGUUAACAAUGCGGUGGUAUAAUUUCCGAGACUCUCCCCCCUUGAGUAGCAAAUGUUAAAAGCACACAUGGCAUCAGCAAGGUGGGUGAAAAGCAGCGAGGAGAGAAGGCCUGUGGGCCAAGGACUUCAUUUCAGAGACAGGCACGCACCAGUUAUUCCAAGAAGAAAAGCAGACGAUUCUUCUGCAGCCUGCUGAUUGUCACAAAGGGAGGGAUAAACUUACCGGUUGGGGCUCCUCUGAGAAAAGGCCUCACAAAGGCGUAAUCACUGCAUGCCGCAUCUGUUGAAAGCAGCAUCAUGAUGCCCCCCAGCUUCCCCGCCCCUUUCCUCUUUAGUUAUUUACUUAUUUUUGAC